AUGCCCGCCCAGAGCGAGGCUUCAAUCGCCGACCCCGCGAAAUCUACUACCGAUCCAAUCAAAGCGAGCCCGGCCACUCUCUCCGUCGCUGAAGAGGAAAGGGUCUUGCAGCUCGCCGCCGAAAUCGCCGAGAUUGGCAAACCCUUGGCCAUUCCCCUGUUCAAAGACCCUUCCACGAUGACCUCCGCCUCGCUUCGCCAGUCCCAACUGCUUUCCAUCAUCAUGGCUGCCACCGCGACUACAAGUAUCAUUGCUGCCGACAACGAUCGACAGCCAAUCAUGCAGCAGAGGGAGAGGCCGAAGCGCGAGACUCGUUAA